CAGAAAAGGCCGAGGGCCUUGGCAAGACAAAGCCACCGACAAUGCGCUACCAACUGUUCCGGUGGGCUGACCGCUGCUAAUGAGAGCCUCGCCGCACAGAAGCAGAUGAAAGCGAGGUUGUGACAUCGAAUCACGCGCUUUGCGGUCGGCGUAAGACCGAUCUAGGACUUAGGUACUGUGAUUGAUGGAAUGUUGCGAGGUUAUCAAAUCCUAGAGGCGGCCCCUGUAUUGUUUAAAGGUGGAUGCUUUUCCCCAUCGCUCGGUUCUCCAGCUCUUUCCCCAACUUCCCCACACACUUGCUGUUGCGGCCCACAUCAGCAAACAUGAGUGAGCCCAUCGACCAGAAGGCGCUCGAGGCGCGAAGCGAGAAGGGUAUCUCUCAAGUUGAGAACCACCACAACCUCGAUGACUCGAACAACCUUGACGCCGAGGCGAAGAUGGAGUCGUACAAGGCCGCUGCCAUGGCGGCCGAGGUCGAGGAGCAGCAAUCCGGUGUUCUCCAGGCCGUGAAGGAGUACCCCAUGGCUGCCACCUGGGCCUUCAUCAUGUCGUGCACGAUCAUCAUGGAGUCAUACUGUGUCUUCCUCAUGGGCAACUUCAUUCCCUUGCCUGCGUUUGCAAAAAGAUAUGGUGUUCUCAGCCCAACGCUUGACGAUCCCAAUAGGCACCUCAUUGUGGCUAGCUGGCAGUCCGCUCUCCAAAUGGGUGGACCAGUUGGUGCGAUUAUCGGUGUCAUGUUGGCUGGCCCCCUUACCAGCAGGAUCGGAUACCGAUGGGCGACUAUUACGGGCCUGAUGCUUUUGAACUGCUUCAUCUUCGUCAUGUACUUCGGCGAUUCGCUCCCAAUCUUUUUCGUCUCCCAGCUUCUUGAGGGAAUUCCCUGGGGUAUCUUCAUCGCGAACGCUCCGGCGUACUGCAGUGAGAUUACUCCCAUCCAACUGCGAGCUCCCGCUACUCAGAUGUUGCAAAUGUUCUGGGCCAUCGGCGCCAUUAUUGUUGGUGGAGUCACGUACUACUACAACCCGAUCGAAGCCCCGAUCGCUUUCAGGGUUCCAAUUGCCCUUCAAUGGAUGUUCCCGACUCCUCUCGCUAUUCUUCUUUACCUUGCACCUGAGAGCCCCUGGUGGUUGGUCCGAAAGGGCCGUCUCGAGGAGGCUGAGAAAUCGGUUAUUCGUCUGGGACGCAAGACAAGGGUGAAUGCCAGCGAGGCAGUCGCCAUGAUGCGUCGUACCGUUGAUCUCGAGAAGACCAUCAAGGAGCCUAACCUUGUGGAAUUGUGGAAGGGCACUGAUCUUUACCGUACCCUCAUUGUCUGUGGUGUAUACGCCGCACAGAACUUGACUGGUAACCUUAUCGCCAACCAGGCUGUCUACUUCUUCAAGCAGGCCGGCAUAGGAACUGACACCGCGUUCGCACUGGGUCUUAUCACAUCAGCCCUCCAGUGGGUCUUCGUCAUGCUUUCGUGGAUCUUGACCUCGUACCUCGGCCGCCGUACUAUCUACGUCUGGGGUUCGCUGAUCAACGUUGCCUUCCUGGUGGCCCUUGGUAUCGCUGGAUCUGUUGGUGCAUCGACCGCAGCCUCGUUGGCACAGGCAUCGUUGGGUCUCAUCGUUUCCGUUCUGUUCACCCUGGGUCCUGCUCCUGCUUCCUGGGUCAUCAUCGGAGAGACAUCCUCCAUUCGCCUCAGGCCUCUGACAACCGGUGUCGGACGUGCCGCGUACUACAUCGUGAACAUCCCGUGUAUCUUCCUCGCAAGUUACAUGCUCAACGCUGAUCAAGCCAACCUCGGUGGAAAGUGCGGUUAUGUCUGGGGCGGAACUGGUUUCGUCUGUUUCGUGCUGGCCUACUUCUUCCUUCCUGAGAUGAAGGGCCGCUCUUACCGCGAAAUCGACAUUCUUUUCAAGCGCAAGGUCCCGGCCCGCCAGUGGACCAAGACCGUCGUCGACAUCGAGGCCGACGAGUAAACCGAGCCAUGAAAAGGAACGAGGCAUGAGAAUGUCUAGUCUAGGCUUCAGAUCGGAGAAGAAGCGUGGUAGCGGAGUCUGUUCUCUGUACAGCUAUAUUUAACGACGAGAGGCGGUCGAUCAAUCCUGACAACUUGGAUGAUCAUAGUAGCCUAGUAAUUGCAAUAUUGCGUCGCAUCGACCGAUGAUUUAAACAACUCGGAUUCUUGCAAUGUGCUUUGACCCGUGCGCCCAUGCUUUCCAAGCUCCGUAUAAAGUCGUCAAUAUCAAGCAGUUUGACGACGUAUCGGCUGGUGCUGUUGAAAUAUGCCACUACAGACUACAGAUGAUCUGAGUUCAUUACGCUCUGGUAAGGUAGAUCACAGAGACAGAGGUGAAUGGAUUCCGG